UGUGCCUCAGCAAUUACUAACCUCAGACCUUGCAGAGACCUGCUUUACCAGAGCUGUGAUGGGCAGUCACCAAACAGAAGUUCAGAGUCUGAAGCUAGAUAAUGAUUCAGUAAUAGAAGGAAUAAGUGACCAGGUACUGGUGGCAGUUGUGCUCAGUUUCACUUUCAUUGCUGCUCUGGUAUAUACACUUCUAAGAAAUGAACAUCAGAACAUACACCCAGAAAAUCAAGAGCUAGUGCGAGCUCUUCGUCAGCAGCUUCAGACUGAGCAGGAUGCUUCUGUUGGUGAUAGGCAUCGCUUCUAUACAGAUAUGUCCUGUCCAGUCUGUUUGCAACAGGCUACAUUUCCUAUAGAAACAAACUGUGGACAUCUCUUCUGUGGUUCCUGCAUUAUUGCCUACUGGAGAUAUGGCUCAUGGCUUGGUGCCAUCCGUUGUCCAAUCUGCAGACAAACGGUAACAUUGUUUUUACCACUCUUCGGUGAAGAUCAGCAGGAUGCAACCCAAGUACUUCAAGAUGUUAAUGACUACAAUCGGAGAUUCUCAGGACAGCCCAGAUCUAUUAUGGAAAGAAUUAUGGAUCUACCCACUUUAUUGAGGCAUGCUUUCAGGGAGAUGUUUUCUGUUGGAGGCCUCUUCUGGAUGUUUCGCAUCAGAAUAUUCCUCUGCUUGCUUGGAGCCUUGCUUUACCUGGCUUCACCUUUGGAUUUUCUUCCUGAAGCCCUCUUUGGAAUUCUGGGGUUCUUGGAUGAUUUCUUUGUCAUUUUUCUUCUGCUGAUAUAUAUCUCUAUCAUGUACCGAGAAGUGGUAACACAGCGGCUGAAUAGAUGAAAUGGGUGGAAAUGGCCCAAAUGCAGAGGCAGUUGUGGAAUGUUUUAGACAGAGAACCAUAACAUAAGUAUGACAUAGCAAGGCGCCUGUGUACAGUUCCAGUAGUUACAAUGUCAUAGCUGGUCACCUUACAUGAAUAUGAAGGGUUAGUAUGUGGUGAUGCUUAACUGGAAUCUUUAAUUUGUGUAUUACAUACGCUUUAUAAGAAUGAGGUUAGUUUUAUAACAUAAUAAACUACCUUAAUCUGUUUCCACCUGAUGAACAGCUGUAUGUAAUCAAAGCAAAAAAUACUUUUUUUGUGUGUGUGUGGUUUGUGAAAAAGGAGUUCUAGUAAAGGACUUCUAAAAUAAAUCCAUUUGGGUAAUAUAUAAGGAAAUUCGGAACUUCUUCACAGUACAGUUACCACAACUAAAUUGUUUAAUGUCUCCCUGUUGUGAGCU